UGGCGUUGAAGAGGCUGUCAGGGAACGUGGAUCAUGUGCAGGCAGAAGGGAUUCACUUUAAAUUCUGCAUCGUGUUCGGCGCAGACAUCGUGGACCGAAGGGCCUGUUCUGCGUCUCCUUUCUAGGGAUGAUUCAUUGCAUCUGGCGCGGUUUUUGCACGGUUUUGAUGUGCAGGUUUGAAACCCGCACACAAGUUAGCGCCACUGUCUGGUGUGGGACUGGCUGUUCUGGAACAGGGAAGUGACGACAGGCGGGUUGGGGCAGUGAGUGGGAGUCUUGUCUCUGCGGCUCUGCCAAGGACAGCAUCGGGACAGACUAGCAAGACUGCGGUAUCCCGACCCCUGUUCCUUUCCCCCACUACCUGCGCUCUGAAGAUGACCCUUCGGACCCUGGCGGCGAGGAGAGGCAUCCGGGAGGUUUUCCUACCCCGGGCUGACACCCCUGCUCCGCUGGGCUGCAGCCGGGCGCACGGUCGGUGGACCGGCUCUGGUUUAGCGUGCGGUGCGCCGUGUCCCCAGCGGCUGCCCGGCCGCCGGACCGCUGCAGUCCCGGAGCAACCGUGGGCUCCCUACUCGGACAGCGCGGCGCACAGCCGGAGUUACCUGUGGUCCUUGUACAACGAGACCAAGAAAGAUCUGAGCUUCCCAGGAAGAUCCAAUUACCUUAAUCCAGAUGGGAUAUUUGCCAACAAUGAGGUUUGCCUCUCGGAUAUUGAGAUCUAUGGCUUUGACUACGACUAUACUCUAGCUUUUUACUCCAGCAACUUGCAUACUUUGAUCUUCAACGCUGCACGAGAAAUCCUCAUUGAGCAGCAUAAAUAUCCAGAAGACCUGAGGAGCUAUGAUUACAAUCCGAACUUUGUGAUACGUGGACUUCAUUAUGAUGUGCAAAAGGGAAUUGUGAUGAAGAUUGAUGCCUUUCACUACAUGCAGUUGGGAACCGUAUACAGGGGAUUAAGACCCAUUCCAGAUGAGCAAGUGAUCGAAAUGUAUGAAGGGACACAUGUUCCUUUGGAACAUAUGAGUGAUUUCUACGGCAAGAGUUCGCAUGGAUUUGCAAUGAAGCAGUUUAUGGAUAUAUUCUCGCUGCCAGAGUUAACGCUGCUUUCUUGUGUCAAUGAUUAUUUUAUCAAGCAGAAUAUUGACUUUGAGCCAGUUUAUGUUUACAAGGAUGUUAAGGAAGUAAUUCGAGAUGUCCAUGUGAAAGGAAUCCUAUAUCAGGCAGUUGAGCAGGACAUUGAAAAAUACAUAUCUCAUGAGGAGAAAACAGGCGCUGUGUUGGGAAGAUUGAUCAACAGUGGCAAGAAACUUUUCCUCAUUACAAACAGCCCUUUUAGCUUUGUUGAUAAAGGAAUGCAGUACAUAGUUGGCAAAGAUUGGCGUGAUCUAUUUGAUAUCAUCAUUGUCCAAGCAGAGAAGCCAGCAUUCUUCAAUGACAAGCGAAGACCAUUCAGGAGAGCAAAUCCAAAGGAUAAACUGCACUGGGAUAAAAUAAGCAAACUGGAGAAAGGUCAAAUCUAUAAACAGGGCAACUUGUAUGAAUUUUUGAAGCUCACUGGUUGGAUUGGUUCGAAGGUGCUUUAUUUUGGGGAUCACAUUUACAGUGAUCUGGCAGAUUUGACCUUGAAGCAUGGGUGGAGGACAGGAGCGAUUGUCCCUGAGCUGCGAUCAGAGAUUAAGACCAUGAAUACAGAAGAAUACAGCCAGGUGGUUGUGUGGUUACAGGGUCUUACAGCACUGCUUGAACGUGUGCAGGUUUAUGAAGAUGCAGAGUCCCGGAUGGUGCUACAAGAAUGGAUAGGAGAGAGGAACCAAUUGAGGGAACUGACCAAGACCAUCUUCAACCCCCAGUUUGGGAGCAUUUUCCGAACUCACCACAACCCCACCUACUUCUCACGACGGCUCUCGCGCUUUGCUGACAUAUACAUGGCGUCCUUGAGUUGCAUCUUGAACUACAACCUGCACAACACGUUCUACCCUCGGAGGACGCCACUGCAGCACGAAGCUGCCCUCUGGACAGACCUGUGUGGAAACGUGCCCAGAAGCCCAGAAGUCGAAGGGAUGGCUCAGAUUAAGUGAUGUGGUGGAAAGCACAUUUAACCAGCGUGUACCUGUCAGUCUAGUGGCAACUCAGAGCUUUGCUUUAAUCAUUUUAUAAGUUGUUAUUUAUGAACUCCAGUGAACUGAAACGGAGUGCGCUGGGAGCAUGUUCAAAUAAGCUUUCCCCAUGGUGAAGCUGGAAAGUUAGCAUUGUUACCAUUCAUUUUCCUGCUCAGCUUCUCUCUGGAUUGAGUUGCUUGGGUAACCAGUUGGGUACCCAAGCUUGGGUAACAGUAUCCUUUCCCUGUCUGAGCUCCAGACAGGAUUUGAAUAACAAUGUUUUUGUCUUGAGAGACCUUCUAACCCUCAAUGUUUGCUGGUCUGACUUGGAGUUUAAAUGGACAAAGUUGGCUGGUGGCCUUUUCAUGAGAGAGGAUAAGAAAGAUUAGUAUUUAUAAGAGAAUGUGAUCUGGAACAGUCAUCUCUCCCAUUCUGCUGGAGUUAUUCAGAGGAAAGAUCAGUAAAGGUUCAUGUUGUUGUGGACUCCACACCAGACCACCUCCUGUACUGAACGUUAGUUUUAGGUAUGAGCAUGGAGCUGUAUAUAGCGGCCAACUUGAGGCCAGGUCACUCGCAAUAUUCACUUUCAAUAUUAACAUGAUGUAUCUCCAAAAUGUACCCUGCCCUGAGUUUUGCAGUCUCUUUUUGAAAGAAGUUUAGCUUAAAAAAAAGUGCUAGCCACAUACAGGUAGAUGUGCUGCUGGCAAUUAGUUCGUCAAAUGUCGUUUUUUGCCAAUCCUAGUUUACUAGCCAGUACCGAUUGAGUUAGUCUUGUUUACCUGUGUCUGUAAGCUUUGUGUAAUAUUGUUGGCUGGACCUGUUACAUAUGUUGUAGGUUAUUUUUAGUAAAGAAUUGGGGAUAAUUUUCAGUAUGUUUGUUUUUAAAAAAAAACAUAAAACAAGAGUUUGCAUUUGAGAAGUUGACGAAGCCAAUCACUGAGAGAACUGAUUGGGGAAGUGAUGGUGAAGCCAGGUUUUGAAGUAGUUUCUAAAAGGUGAGAAGGGUUGUUGUGAAGUGAAGAGGAGGAAGGAAGGAGUUGGGAAGGAGCGAGAGGAUGGUCACAUAAUGUCAGAGUGUAGGUUGAAAACAAAACAUUUGUAUCUUUAUGUUAGACAGAGGGAGACUGGUUGUCCUUUGUGUUAAUGGUUGUGAAAUAUCCCACAAAUUUUCUAUCAUUAAUCCUUAUUCAACGUACCAUGUAAGGUACUUAGAGGGCCCUAGCAGAAUAUGCCAAUUUUCCCUACUGUGUUAAAUAAUCACAUUCCCAAUUCUCUCUUGGGUAAAUUUUAUUUUGCUUCAGAAGUUCACCAUGAAGCACGGUGGCACAGCUAGUCAGCUGCUGCCUCACAGUUCCGGUGACCUGGGUUCAAUCCUGACCUCCAGUCCUGUCUGUGUGGAGUUUGCACGUUCUCCCUGUACUCGAUGAUCAGCACAGACUCAGUGGGCUGAAGGAUCUGUUUCCUUGCUGUAUGCCUCUGUGACCUUGUGGCUUUCCCCCCUGUUGCUGGGGUUUCCAUUACACCCCGUAAGGUUGUUAGGUCACUAAUCCCCUUAUGUGUAGGUGUGUGGUAGAAUCCACAGGGAAUCGACGGAAAUGUGAGGAGAUUAAAAUGGGAUUAUUGUGAAUGGGUGUUUAAUGGUCAGUGUGGACUCAGUGGGCUGAUGAGUCUGUUACCGUCCUCCAUGACGCUAAGCAAAACUUAGGCACAGGUUGACUCCCUUAGUACUUAACAGCUAGUUUGUUCCUACAAUGUUGAAUUUAUCUCUUUCUUGCCAAGUUCUAUGAAUUGCUCAGUGUUCCUUCAGAAUUGCACAUUCUUUGGUUCGUUACAUGCUAUACAAGGAGUGAUAUUGAACUGGGGAAAGUUUCAAAAUGUGACGGCAGUAUUAACAUCCCGAACCGUGGUCGAGACUAAACUCCGUUCAAUCUGAUUUGUUACAGUUUCAUUGCGUCAAAUGGUGCUGGAGUAGCCCACUUGGUCCAUCAUGUCUGUGCUGGCCCUCUGAGAAGGUGAUUCCUGUAGUCCACUCCUGCCCCCUCCUCACAAUCUGCAAAUUCUAACACUUCAAGUGUUUAUCUGACUCCUUCUUUGAAAAUUAUGUUUGGCUCAGUUUCCACAGCUCUUUCAGUCAAUAUGUGUCAAGUAAUAACAAAAAAAUUUUGUUUCGAAUAAAUCUCCUCAUCUCUCUGGUUCUUUUGCCAAAGGGGUUGAUGGGGUCAGUAGCAAUCUGGCUCUGCUCAUCAACCUUCCUUCUAGGGAAACCUUCCUGCCAUCGGCGUACCUUACAGUCUCAAACAUCUCUUGGAUUUCCCUUUAACCUUCUCUGCUUGAAGAAAACAACCUCAUCUUCUCCAGUCUGCUUGCAUCCAUGCCAAAAAUCCACCCAUACGUGAGCAGUAUGGUAGCGCAGCUGGUAGAGCUGCUACUUCACAGCUCCAGAGACCCGGGUUCAAUCCUGACCUCCCAUGCUGUCUGUGUGGAGUUUGCACGUUCUCCCUGUGGUCUUAUGAGUAUCUCCCCAAGCAAUCCAGUUUCAUUCAUCAUCCCAAAGACAUGCAGGUUGGUAGGUUAAUUGGCCAGUGUAAAUUUCCCCUUGUUUGUAGAUGAGUGGUAGAAUCUGGGGGGAGUUCAAAAAAAUAUGUUGGGAGAAUAAAAUGGGGAAUUAGUGUAAAUGGAUGGCUAAUGGGUUGGCAUAGAUUCUAUGGGCCAAAAGGCCUGUUUCUAUGCUCUAUGACUGUAUGACAUCCAUCUCCCAAACCUGUGGGGUGACUGUUCUUUCUAGCAGCCUUGGUUGCACAUUCUUGAACAUUGAAUUGGGAACGUUUUGUCCUUGAUUUCCACAAAGGUGGUUUUCCACAUUAGCAGCACUAUGUAAACACAAGUUAUUUCUGUGGUACUAGCAGAUGUAUCUUAUAGAGGUGUAUAAAAUCAUGAGGGGCAGAGAUAGGGUGAAUGCACUCAGUCUUUUUCCCAGGGUUGGGGAAUCAAGAACUAGAGGGCAGAGGUUUAAGGUGAAAGGGGAGAGAUUUAAUAGGAACCUGAGGGGCAACUUUUUCACCCAGAGUGUGGUCCGUAUGUGGAAUGAGCUGCCAGAGGAAGUGUUUGAGGCAGGAACAUUAACAACGUUUAAAAGGGACAGGUACAUGGAUAGGAAACGUUUAGAGGGAUAUGAGCCAAACGUGGGCAAAUGGGACUAGCUUAGCUUGGUCGGCAUGGACCAGUUGGGCCAAAGGGCCUGUUUCCAUGCUGUAUGACUCUACGUAUCUUCCCCUCCCCUUUCAGUACUCUGCAGGGACUGUUCCCUCUUGGUUGAGACUUCGGUCCCAACCAAUUCCCAAUCCCCUUCCCAUGGUUCCUUCACAUUACAACCACUGGAGCUGUUACACGUGCCAUUUUAUCCCCUGCUUCCCCACGACUUAAGGGCCCAAACACUCCUCGCAGGAGAAGAAGCCAUUUACUUGUACUUCUAGUUUAGUUUACUACAUUUCCUGCUUGUGAUGUGGUCUCCACUCUAUUGGGGAGGUUAGCCACAGAUUGGGGUGAGUGGGCAUGUCAAAGUCAACCUGCGCUCUGUAAUAAAUCAGACAACAGCAGAACCAAAGAACUUAUGAUCAAUGCUUUAUUAGUGUUACGCUAGCGGGAGUGAGGGAUACAGAGAAAGAGUAAACAGUGUAACCGGAGUUCUGUUCUGAUCCCACUCAAAUUUGCCUCGGUUAGUGUGUAUCUUUACACCCACUUUCGUGGGAAAGCUUGGUGGGAAGUUGCACUCACUACAGUAAUUGCUUACAGCAAGCUUUAGCAAAACAGGAUCUGUCUAAAAUAACCAUGUCUUUCUUAUUCACACCUGGAGUUCACUUCAGCCACAACUAUAAUCAGCCCAUGGCUGAGGUAAUUCUUUACCAUGGGAAGAAGCUGACAAUGAGAAGCAUAUCAUUAACCCCUACAUUGCCAGUCAUUAACCCUUGCACUCCCAGCUAUCUUUUACAGGCAGGCACGGUAGUGUAGCAGUUAGCAUAACACUAUUACAGCACCAGCGACUUGGGUUCAAUACUGGCCACUGUCUGUAAGGAGUUUGUACGUUCUCCCCGUGUCUGUGUGGGUUUCCCCCGGGUGCUCGGGUUUCCUCCCACAUUCCAAAGAUGCACUGGUUAGGAAGUUGUGGGCGUGUUAUGUUGGUGCCGGAAGCAUAGAAAGUGCUCUCUCUCUAAACUUUCUUUGAGUUCUGUCUGCUGCUUGGCAUCUUAAAACCUGUUUUAUUUUAACUUUUGCAACUUCUGAUGAGUUAAUUCUGAUUCUCCACUGAGUAUGUUCACCAUUUGUGACUUAUUUCCUAUUUCCCCCACCUGGGGUAUUAUUUUGGAGUUAUUUCUGUUCCUCUUUCCCUGCCUUCCAGGAGCUGGGCUGGAUCGUAGUUUGCAUUAGGAUCAUUCCACCCAGGAGAGAAAAAAUUUCAUUCCAUUCAUUCAGGCAGGAUCUGAACCAACUGCCCUGGGGGCUUCAGCUGAUUAUGUUGGCCAGGCUUUUGAUAUUGCCAUUACUUCUCUGAAAGGGUUAAAGUCUAGCAGAGCAGUAAGCAGCGAAGGGACUGGAGUGUUAAUGAGAAAUAAUAUUUACUUAGUUUGGAUUACAUUAAAACUGAUAAUCCACAAUCCAACUGUUUGGAAAUCCUAGUGGAUCAUAGGCAAUGUUUCCUGUGUUCCCAUAAAGCUCACCGGGGCCCCUGUUCUCGACCUCCCCAAAACUCACUGCAGCCCCAGUUCCUCUGCUCCCCUUAAACUUACUGAAGUUCCUGUUCCUGAAACUCCCGAGGUCCCCAGUUCCUGCACACCCUUUCAAUGUACUGGGUUCAUCUGGAAAUUGUACUAUAAUACUGUGCGUUAUCUUUUUAAAAAAAGUGAUUUUAAAGUGUAUUAAUAGGUUUAACAUAGAACAACAUGGAACAUAGAACAGUACAGCACAGGAACAGGCCCUUCAGCCCACGAUGUUGUGUUGAUAUAAUUAAACUAGUAAUUAAAAGCCUAACUAAACUAAUACCUUCUGACUACACAACGUCCAUAUCCCUCAGUUCUCUGCACACUCGUGCCUAAGAACCUCUUAAAUGCCUUUAUCAUAUUUGCCUCUGCUACUACCCCUGGCAGCGCAUUCCAGGCACCCACCGUUUCCUGUGUCUUAAAAAAAAAUUGCCCAAACGUCUCCUUUGAACUUGCCCUCUUUCUCCUUAAAUGCAUGCCCUCUAGUAUUAGACAUUUUGACCCUGGGGAAAACGAUACCGGCAGUCUAUUCUACCUCUGCCUCUCAUAAUCUUAAACCUCUAUCAGGUCUCCCCUCAGCCUCUGCUGAUCCAGAGAAAACAACCCAAGUUUGUCCAACCUCUCCUUUAUAGCACAUGUCCUCUAAUCCAGGCAGCGUCCUGGUAAGCCUCUUCUGUGCCCUCUCUAAAGCCUCCACAUCCUUGUACGUGGUUUGUGUUGUUUUUAUAAACUGGAUAUUAUUGUUACAUUAUUGUGUUGGAUUGGAGCAGUUCAAACCAACUGGAGGUACGUGGGUGUUUGGACUGGAGAGCUGUCGGAAACCCAUGCCCUCAAUGGGACCAUUUGACUAGCCGAUAAGCUCCGUCUAUUAUACUGGAUAGUGAAUUAUGAAAACAAUGCUGGAUGUGUGACAGUGAGAUGUGUGUAAGCUCAAAAAAGAAUCUACUUGUGAUCUUUGGGCAUUGCAGGACACUAAUAUUUAUUAAAUAUUCACUAGUCUGAAAUUUGUCCACAGAGCUUCUCAUUUCCAAUUGAAUUGGAAAAACUUUUGAUAAAAGUGGUCUUAAUAGUUCUAUUAUUGUCAUUGGGUUAAUUGCAUAUUUAGAGAUUGGGUAUGCAAAUGAGAGAUGCAUUUUUAACUGUGUUCUAGAAUUCUAAUUCUGGUGUUUCUAUAUUGUAAGAUGAAGAUCCACAUGGAAAUACUAACUUUGACUUUUUAAUUAUUGAUCUUAAAUGUUUGCAGUGGUUUAGGAGUACUUUAUGGAAAAGGUUGUUUUUAAGUUUUGAAUUGAUAAAUGAAACUUCUUCGACUUAGUGCUAAAAAUAUCUUUUUAUCUUAAGGGGAAUUUUAUCUUGCAAGGUUUUAAAGCAUAGGCCACUCAAUGAUGCUCAAGAAGCAUUAAAGAUGCAUUGUGUUCCUUUUUUUCUGUGGACUAUAACAGUGCUUCUCUAUACAGGUGAAUUUAUGAUGUGUUCUAUUCUGUAUUUCCCUGCACAAGAAAUUGCAGAGAAUGGUUGCAUUGGUGGAAAUGCAUGUAAGCAAAUGCAAUUUCAAAGUUUUGCUGAUCUUGCCUUUAAAAGGUCAUUUAAAUUUCAAAACCUGGUAGUUGGCAGUUUGGUCAUUGCCCUAUAAUGUAAGAUUUAAGAAUAUCUUCGAAGUAUUGCUUUGUUGUAAACUGCCACUAAUAAAAGAGAGGUAUGAGGA